CAGCACGAGGGAAAAUGAACAAGAUGAAAAACUUCAAGAGGAGGUUUUCACUCUCGGUGCCACGGACAGAGACCAUCGAGGAGUCGCUGACGGAGUUCACAGAGCAGUUCAACCAGCUCAACAACCAGAGGAAUGAAGACCUGGCCCAAGGGCACCUGCAGCUGGGACAGCUGGGCAGGGAAUUCCGGGCCGACAGCAGCCCCCUGUCCCCUUCGGAGGUGGAAGGGCAGUCCCCGGUGGCCAUGAGGUACCGCAGCAACAACCAGCGACGCUUCUCCAUGGAGGACGUCAGCAAACGCCUCUCCCUGCCCAUGGACAUCCGCCUGCCCCCCGAGUUCCUGCAGAAGCUGCAGAUGGAGAGCCCGGAGUUCCCCAAGCCCCUCAGCAGGAUGUCCCGACGGGCUUCCCUGUCAGAUAUUGGGUUUGGGAAGCUGGAAACCUACGUUAAACUGGACAAACUGGGGGAGGGCACCUACGCCACCGUCUUCAAAGGACGCAGCAAACUGACAGAGAACCUGGUGGCCCUGAAGGAAAUCCGGCUGGAGCACGAGGAAGGGGCUCCUUGCACGGCCAUCCGGGAAGUGUCGCUGCUGAAGAACCUGAAACACGCCAACAUCGUGACCCUGCACGACAUCAUCCACACCGAGCGCUCCCUCACCCUCGUCUUCGAGUACCUGGACAACGACCUCAAGCAGUACCUGGAUAACUGUGGGAACCUGAUGAGUGUGCACAAUGUGAAGAUCUUCAUGUUCCAGCUGCUGCGGGGUCUGGCUUAUUGCCACGGGAGGAAGAUCCUGCACCGAGACCUCAAACCCCAGAACCUGCUCAUCAACGAGAGGGGGGAGCUCAAACUGGCUGAUUUCGGACUCGCCAGGGCCAAGUCAGUCCCUACGAAAACAUAUUCCAACGAGGUGGUCACGCUGUGGUACCGACCCCCUGACGUCCUGCUGGGAUCCACGGAAUAUUCCACCCCCAUCGACAUGUGGGGCGUCGGGUGCAUCCACUACGAGAUGGUGACGGGGCGGCCCAUGUUCCCCGGCUCCACGGUGAAGGAGGAGCUGCACCUGAUCUUCAGGCUGCUGGGUACCCCCACAGAAGAUACCUGGCCUGGGAUAACAUCCAACGAGGAGUUCAAGGCUUACAAUUUCACCCAGUACCGAGCCCAGCCCUUAAUAAAUCAUGCCCCCAGGCUGGACUCAGAAGGCAUUGACCUGCUGACAAACCUCCUUCUGUACAGAGCCAAGGGCCGGAUCUCAGCAGAGGCAGCCCUGCAGCACCCCUACUUCAAGAGUCUGGGAGACAGGGUGCACCUCCUGCCUGACAAUGCCUCCAUCUUCUCCCUGAAGGAGAUCCAGCUUCAGAAGGACCCUGGAUACCGAGGCUCAGCCUUCCAGCAGUCAGCCCGAGGGAAGAACAGGAGGCAGAGUAUAUUUUAAACCUGGAUCUCAUGUUCCCUUUGUCACCAUGGAGAUCGAAGCACUGAGAAAGGAGACGGCAACGAGCUCCCACCCGACCCCCCCUUCCCCGCAGGAUCCCCGCCUGGGGCAGGACAAUGCUGAAGUGCCCUCGGCCUCAGGGUGUCCCUGUCUGUCCCCAAAGCCCUGGAGCUGCCGUUGAUGGACCUGUGGCCUUGUUCCCCCCUCUUGUUGUCGUGUUGUCCUCGUCAGACAUGAGCUGUCCCCCCCCAGGGCAGGUGACCCAGUGGGGACCUGCAGGACCACAAACCCGUGCAAAUGCACCCUUGGGGGGUGAGCUGGGCACGGGGAGGUUCUGUGAAGCACAGAAGGGUUUGGUGGCUCCAAAGCUGUGGUGUUUGGCCCAGACAGGCGUUUCUGAACACGUACCUUUUGCUCAGACAACCUGCCCUGCACCCCCAGGUUCUUGGGGUGGGGGGGGGGACACUUGGCAGCCACGUCACGAGUCGUGGGGAUGACCCAGCCUGGCUCUGCGAGGCAGCCCCUGGAGCACAGAAGCCAGGGCAGCCCUCCCUUGUUGCCCUUGCUUCUGUCCUGCAGAGCCCCUUUUUUUUCCUCUCCCCAUCUUUGGGCCCUGAAUCCUGACCAGGGUGGGGCAGAGCUGGAAGGGGAG